AUGGCCGGUUCCUCCAAAUGGGCGUGGUCCAAGAGCACACGCAUCAAGGUGAUGCUCAUUAUUGACACAGCCUUCUUCCUCCUCGAACUCAUUGUCGGCUUCCUCGCCCACUCCCUGGCCCUGACCGCCGAUGCCUUCCACAUGCUCAACGACAUCAUCUCUCUCGUCAUCGGUCUCUGGGCUGUCGUCGCCGCGCAAAAGGAAACUACGGACGAAUACACAUUUGGCUGGGUGCGUGCCGAGAUCCUGGGCGCCUUCUUCAACGCCGUCUUCCUCAUCGCCCUCUGUGUCUCCAUUAUCCUCGAGGCCCUCACCCGCUUUGUUGAGCCUCCGGAGAUCAACAACCCCAAACUCAUCCUCAUCGUGGGCUGCGCCGGCCUCUUCUCCAACCUCCUGGGCUUCGUCGUCCUCGGCGGCCACGGACAUUCGCACGAUCACGACCACGGCGACGAGGGUCACGAUCACGAUCACGCCCACGGCGAACACUCCCACGAUCACUCCCACACCAAUGAUGCCGAGGAGGGCAGGGCUGGCAGAGAUAUCCGCUCCGAGGUCGCCGACGAGAGCGGCGACGUCAACGACAUUCUUCCCGAGGUCGUCGUUAGGAGGGCAACCACCGACAGAUCUGGCACCGACAGCCCCGAGACCACGCGCCGCAUUCGCUUCGGAGAUGACGCGCAAGGCCGAGACGAAUCCAACACACGUGGCAGCCGCGCCUCGGGCCAGUCCCGCGGCAGGGUUCGCCGUCGCUCCAGCAAGAGCGGCCAUUCGCGCUUCGCCAGCAUUGAGGACAUGAGCAUACACCCCGCCAGCUUCCGCCAGGACAUCAUCGCCGCCAGUCUCGCCGCCUCGUCCAAUGGCCCUGUCGCCGAGACCGAUAGCAGCGAGGAGUCAGCCGUGGCCGAUUCCGAGAACGACGCCAACGAGUCGUCCCCUCUUCUCAAGGACAGCAACGCGACGAGCAACAACGGUACCAUUGCUCACAAGUCGCAUUCUCACUCAACCUCAACCACAUGGAGACGUCGCGCGCGCCGUGACUCGAGCGUACACGACGGGCACAACCACACCAUGCCUCGCAAGCCCGGCUCCAAGGUCAGCGGCCACAGCCAUGCCGACAUGGGCAUGAACGCCAUGAUGCUUCACGUCCUUGGCGAUGCCCUGGGCAACGUCGGCGUCAUCAUCACUGCUCUCAUCAUCUGGCUCACCGACUGGCCCGGCAAGAUAUACGCCGAUCCGACAGUCUCGCUCUUCAUCACUGCCAUCAUUCUCAAGACAUCGAUCCCUCUCACCCUCGCCACCGCCCGGGUCCUUCUGCAGGCGACACCCGAGAACAUCUGCAUUCAGGAUAUCCGCCAGGACAUUGAGAGACUGCCCGGCGUCGUCAGCUGCCACCACAUCCACGUCUGGCAGCUCUCCGACACCAAGAUAGUCGCCAGCCUGCAUCUCCAGGUCUCUUUCCCCAUCAACACGCACAGCGGCGAAAAGUACAUGCAGCUGGCCAAGCGCGCGAGGAAGUGCCUCCACGCCUAUGGCAUCCACAGCGCCACCAUCCAGCCCGAGUUUUGUUUGGAUCAGAAGCACCAGCGUGACCACGACGUCGCCGCCCUGUCACUCGACGGCGCUACCGCCGACGGUCCCGCCGACGCCGCUUGCCUGCUUGAAUGCGUGGACGACUGCGAGGAGCAGGGUUGCUGCACCCAAGACACGGCUUCGUCUACGCGACGCGGUAGUGACUCUUCACAGGGCGACGCCCAACCGCGGUCGUAG